UCUCUAACACACAAGACAUUUCACCAAAAAAAAAAAAAAAACUUCAUCAAAGACCUGUCAAUUGAAUAAAUUCCGCUUUAGGCGCUUGGGUUGCGUUUAGGUGGUACUUAACAGCGUUGUGUUGACACAGUUCUGUUGUUGUUUAUAAAAGAUCACCUUAAGGAAUGUGGGGGUUUCAGAGAAGGCGACUGUUUGGUAUUCUUUCGGCACCAGUCUUAGUAGCAGUGGUGUGCUGUGCACAGAGCGCCAAUGAGCCGGGGAACAUGUCGUUUGUAAAAGAGACUGUGGAUAACCUGUUAAACGGAUAUGACAUACGCCUCAGACCAGAUUUUGGAGGUCCCCCGGUUGCUGUUGGGAUGAGCAUAGACGUAGCCAGUAUAGACAUGGUAUCAGAAGUAAACAUGGACUACACCUUGACCAUGUACUUUCAACAGUACUGGAGGGACAAGAGGCUGGUUUACUCGGGAAUACCUCUCAAUUUAACACUUGAUAACCGGGUGGCUGAUCAGCUGUGGGUCCCCGACACCUACUUUCUAAACGACAAGAAGUCCUUUGUGCACGGCGUCACUGUAAAGAACCGGAUGAUUCGGCUUCAUCCAGAUGGAACAGUGCUGUACGGCCUGAGAAUCACAACAACAGCUGCCUGCAUGAUGGAUCUGCGGAGAUACCCCUUGGAUGAACAGAACUGCACACUGGAAAUAGAAAGCUAUGGCUACACAACAGAUGAUAUCGGGUUCUACUGGAGAGGAGGAGACUCUGCUGUGACUGGGGUGGGAAGGAUCGAGCUGCCUCAGUUCUCCAUUGUGGAAUACAGGCUGGUCUCUCGCAAUGUCGUCUUUGCCACAGGUGCCUACCCACGACUGUCUCUCAGCUUCAAGCUGAAGAGAAACAUUGGAUACUUCAUCCUUCAGACAUACAUGCCCUCAAUUCUGAUUACCAUUCUGUCUUGGGUGUCAUUUUGGAUCAAUUACGAUGCAUCCGCUGCAAGAGUUGCUUUAGGAAUUACAACUGUACUCACUAUGACAACAAUCAACACUCACCUCAGAGAAACUUUGCCCAAAAUCCCCUACGUUAAAGCUAUAGACUUGUAUCUGAUGGGCUGCUUCGUCUUCGUCUUCUUGGCAUUACUGGAGUAUGCUUUCGUCAACUACAUCUUUUUUGGAAGAGGCCCACAGUUACAGAAGAAACUUGCAGAGAAGAUAGAAAAGGCCAACAAUGACCGGUCCAAAUAUGAAGGCAAUAAGAUGGACGCUCAUGGCAACAUCUUACUAACCAGUCUGGAGAUUCACAACGAAGUGGCAGGAAAUGAGAUCACCACCAGUGUUAGCGAGUCCAGGAAUUCCUCAAUGGCCUUGGACAACUCAGGAAUCCAGUACAGAAAACAGAGCAUGCCUCGGGAUGCAACGGCCCCUCACAGCAAGGACAAGAAUGCCCAGUUGAAGAAGAGUCGUCUGAGGAGAAGGUCAUCACAGCUGAAAAUCAAAAUCCCAGAUCUGACUGAUGUGAACGCCAUAGACAGGUGGUCAAGAGUAGUGUUCCCAGCUGCAUUUACACUCUUCAACUUAAUCUAUUGGCUUUACUAUGUCAACUAAGGGAAGCUUGGACUCUCUAUACCAGGGGUGAAAAGUGAUAGCUUUUUUUUUUUGUUUGUUUUUAAAUAUACUUGCAAUCUCUAGGGUUUACAACAGAUUGCAAACUUUCACAAAAAAAAGUUUUAAAAAAAAGUAAAAUAAAAAAAUAUUUUGUAAAACAAUAUUGUAUAAACAGAUGCCCUCGGAGUAUUUAUAAGUCUUGAGACUGCAUGCAUGAUAAGCUGUACUGGAAUCACAAAAGCAAUCAUUUUUUGUCUCCCAUUGUACCCAAAAUAGGCUUGGAAGUAAGAGUAACAGUCUUACUUUAUUAAAAUAAGUUAGACCGCUACAUUAUAACUGGGAGGACGGCAGUAUUUAACUAGUAAUCCAUACAUGUAUACCUAAGUAAUGAAUUCUACCCUUGGGUUCAAUAAACAGUAUCAGGCUUCCCAUAUCUCAUACAUAUUAUAGAUUAUUACAACUCAAUAUUUAUUACAAUAUUUAUGCAAAUGAAGGUAUUCAGUUGUACAUAGCCAGUUUUUAAAAAGCAUAUGGAAUAGUGAUAUAUGGAUGGAAUAGUGAUCUAUGGAUGG